AUGUCGACGGUUAGGUGCAGCUUCGUGAGCAAUCUUCUGUUGAAGAUGCUCAUGAUGAUAUCCAUCAUCCUUCACUCCGCUCAUUGUGAAUUAGCAGCCGUGUAUGUAACUGGAAAGACUGCCGUACAAAGCACCAAUUUCACCGAUAAUGUGCACUACACGGCAGACUAUGCUGUUGAUGGGAACCUCUAUUCAUCGUCGCACACACAUCUCCCCGAUCCGCAUCCUUGGUGGCGAUUGGACCUCGGUACCCCGCAUUGCUUGGGUAGAAUCACUGUCAUUACUCGACAAGGGUGCUGUGACCAAUACAGAUUUACUGCAGCACUAGCCCGAGCAGGUCUGAGCCCAAACUACGCCGAGAACCGACCGUGCGGCUCGCCGGCCACAAGAACCGAAUCUACCACUGGUGCAACGGUGGAUUUCCCGUGUGACACCCCACGUAUGGCCAGGUAUGUCACCCUGGACAUAGACCUAGCCAGUCCUGACGUCACCCUUCCAAUACUGCAGCUUGCUGAAGUGAUGGUGGACGAGUACACAUCGGGAGAAUGUACCAAAAAUAGCAAUCUGGCUCCCAAAUUCGAAUCGGCAACUUUCGAAGUACUCCACAAGAACAGCUUAGUCGCCAACGCGAGCCCACUGGCCACCGAAGUGGCGCGAUCGCUGGCACUAUGCGCCGGUUACUGUAUGGAACAUGGCCAGUGUUUCUCCUUUGAUUACGGCUCCGGCAAGCAGUGCCACCUCCACAAUCUGAACGCAACCUACAUUGGGAUAACUCCCAGCGAGGGUUCCUCUGUCUAUGUGGUUCUGAAGUUCCAGUCCAAAUAG